AUCCACGAUAAUUGAUCCAUUUCUUUAUAAAGCUUUCCAAAGAGCAAGAAUGGCACCGAAGAGACCAGUGAAAGCAUCAAGCAGUGCUGGCAGUAGGAAGAAAGGCAAAGAUGGAAAGACGCGAUCACCGACACCUCAGGAAAAGCCUGAUCACCCGGAUGAUAUCUUCCCCAUGGUCCUUACAUCAGCCACUCAGGAGCUCUUUGGUUGCUGCGCUGAUGAGGAUGUCACGAGGGAAAAUCCUUACAAGCUGCUAAAAAAAGACGACAUCAUGCAGGACAUUAAGACAAGGGCGGCAGUGUCAGAUUUCAGCCCCGUGAAGCAGAUUGUGUUGGAAUAUCCAGAAGAAACGAUCUUGCUGGUGUAUGACUGGAAUUUCACUUAUGGUCACAAUUUUUACCUGGUCCUGACACCGGAAGCCAGGGCUACAAUAUUUAGCUCCCCACGCCCUGAAACACCAGAGGAAGUUCAUGAUGAAGUCAAUAAAACCCCAGAACCAAAGCCGUGGAUAUCGCUCGGCAGCGAGCAGGAAAUAGAUCAAGAAUCUGUCAAGGAGAGCAGAGAAAAGCUGCGGUAUGAAUUCUCACGAGUCAGAAGGAAGUUUGGGUUACCGGUUUGUUUCUCUGACCGCAACGCUGCAGAUAUUAAGGAUAGCUUCCAGGAGUGUCCUUCUCACCGAGACAGCAGAUUCAGCAUCAAGAAAAUGCAGAGGGACUGUGGGAUUCAGGCAGUGCUGAAGCUGCAGUGCAGCAGUGCUCAGACUCAGUGGAAGUUUCAGAGGAAUGUUUUUAGUCACUAUGAGCCAGGAGAGCUGAACGAGACGGAAAUAACAACCAUCCUCCAGUCUGAGCGUCUGAAGACUUUCUGCAAUUCAGUUCUGAACAGCGUCUUGCAGGCCCUUCAACAGGAAGAUAUUAUGAACAAGUGUAUUGAUGACUGGAAGGCUCUGGAGACCGCUGAAGCUGGUGACUGGUCACUGAAGGCUUCUGAAAGUUUGGCCUUCUAUCAGGCCUUCGCAGAUCAAAAGUACUCAAAGGGAAAGAAAAUCAGCACUAUGAACUGGCACCCUACCAUACAAGGUGUGAUAGCAGUGGCUUUAACAGAAAUAAAGGAGGAAGAGCUGGAGGAAUCCUCCGCAUUUGAUGUCAGAUCAGCCUUCAUUGUCUUCUACUGCUUCUCAGAUCCCAGUACUCCUCAGUUGCUCCUGGAGUGUCCAGAUGACAUCUUAGCCUUCGACUUCUGCCCUUCUAAUCCAAAUAUUAUAGUUGGUGGCUGCACGAAUGGACAGGUAGUAUUGUGGGACAUUUCUUCUGAAAUCACACACCUCCAAGAAGCACAGACUUGUGGUAAAAAAGUGUCAGUCAACAGUGACGCAGCAGACCUUAAAGAAGAUCACAAGAAGACUCCGGUUGUGUGCUACUGUGCAGCGUCGGCCUUGGAAAGCAGCCACAAAGCACCAAUCACAGAUGUGCAGUGGCUGCCUCAGACAUUUGAGAUGACCAGGACGGGUUUACCAGUGGAGAAUAAACACAACAUUUCUGUUCAGGUUGCCACCUGCUCUCCAGAUUGUACUGUAUUAUUCUGGGAUGUGCGGAUUCCAAAGCUGCAGAAGCCGACUGUGGACCCGAAGGCCCCGAUGACGCCUCACGAUGUUCCUGAUAAUAAACACUUGGGUCAGACAUGGAAACCACUGCUGAGGAUUUCUGUGACAAAGACUGAAACAAGUAGAGAAUUUGCUCCACUGAAGAUCAGCCUGGAACCGUACAUUCGAAAUGAUAGUCCAAGCAGUAACACAGACAAAUUAAAUGAAGACGAAAGGUCAGAGGUCAUCCCAGAGAACAGCCAGCUUAGAACACGCUCAGCCAAAGCAGUCACUCCUCUCGAGGAUGGUAAUACUAAGUUCUUUAUUGGAACAGAGGAUGGAGAGAUUGUUUACACUGACUGGAAACUGGUGCAAGAGGACUCUGGGCGCAUGUACAGUGUCAAGCCUCUGUCCUGUCACAGGAUUCAUCACGGGCUGGUCAACACGAUACAGCGAUCGCCUUUCUAUAAAGACAUUAUUUUAACAGUUGGAGGCCGCAACUUCGCCAUUUGGAAGGAAGAUGUCAAGGAGGGUCCCAUCAUCGUGUCGCCCAGCUCUGAGCAGGAAUGCACUGCAGGAUGCUGGUCCCUGUCCCGACCAGCUGUUUUCUUUAUUGGGACAGACAAUGGCAGUAUUGAGGUGUGGAACCUGCUGACAAACACCAGUGCGCCUUCACAGGUCUAUCCAUACGUCACACAUGUCAAGGUUACCUGCAUCAAGCCCUGGAUUAUUUCCCCCAAACAGCACUUCCUGGCUGUGAUUGAUCUCGGCAUGCUUCGUGUUUUUGAACUGCCUCGGACUCUUCGCACUUCAGUCAAAAAAGAGAGAGACAGACUGAUGGACUGUCUAAAGAGACAGGAAUUGUGGGAAAAAUUGAAAAAGGAAGGGGAACUCAAAAAGAAAACGGAGCCUGACAAGCCUGUGAAAUCACUGCAGGACUCCGAGGAGGCGAACAUGAAGGAGUACAGUGAUUAUCUGGUGCUGAAGGAGAGUGUCCUGAAGGCCAUGGACCUGAAGCCUGUUACUGCCAACCCACAGGAUAACUAAUGAUUCUCACACACACACACACACACACACACACACACACACACACACACACACGUUGGAUCAUUCUUCAUUCUUCAAUGCAGAAAAAGGUUCAGCUCACGGUUUAGGCCUCUCAAAAAGAGAAAUUUUUAGAUUUUUUUUUUAAAGCCAUUUUGUGUUCAAAUAAAUUGCAUGUGUUGGUUUUUGUCUCAAUGCAUCACUUAUGAGUUUUAGCUUGUAGAGCCACCCCGUCAUUGUCCUGCUGGGUCCUCUUAUAAACUUGUGAAUUAAUCAACUCCGAAAUGAGGACUCGCUGUCCAGAACAUUGGGGAUUUUAACCAGUUUGAGUGAUUCCUUUAUUUCUUUGGUGGUUUUGGGUUGCUGUGUCCUGCAUUGACGCUUAAAGGUCAACUUGGUUAGAUCUCUACAACAAGCAG